GCGGCAGACAAAGGAAGUUCUUUUUCCUUCUCUUCAUCUUCAAGUUUAUCAUCAUCAUCAUCAUCAUCAUCCUCGUCCUCUGCUUUAGUCACAGCAGCGACAGGAGGAAUCUCCAGCUCCUCUUCCUCACUGUCGAUGAAGCCCUCGGCCAGUCGGUCAUCUUCAUCAUCUUCUUCAUCAUCCUCAUCAUCGUCCUCCUCUUCUUCACUGGAGACAAGAUCAUCACUGAGGUCCGAGGUGUCAACAGAGACGACGUCGUCCUCUUCUUUUUCCUCAUCUUCAUCAUCUUCUUCAUCGCUGUCUCUGACGUCCACAGGUUCAUCAGACUCAGGAGCGAUCAGGUUGGCAGCAAAUCUGUACAAGACACUGAUCACGUUUCCAGACUCUUCCACCACGUCGUUCACUGCCUUCAUGGGGUCAGAGCCCAGCUUGGUCAGGCCUCCUGGUGGAGCAACAAUGCAGGUGAAUUCUCCUACAAUGGAAUCUGCCAACAUCACGGAGGAAAUGUCGCCUCUGUCUGUGCCAAGAAAAAGAAAGUCUGCUCAGAUGCACUUCAAAGGUGGAUCACUUUGUCCAGUUGUGCAGAGAAUUCCUGACAGAAGCUUUGGCUCAACUGAAGUCAGACCAAAGAACGUCUUGUCUGACGAUCAGGAGGCCGUGAAAAUGAAGAGGAUGUGUCGGAGAAAAAGAUACCAGGAUCUGUCCUGUGUUUCUGUUGGACCAGACCCAACCACCAGCUGCUCUGUGAUGUCAUCAGCUGACCUGGCCAAUGGAGGUCACCCGGGAUCAACAGCUCCACCUACAGUAACACUUCCUUCCAGUGAGGACUCAUGGUCCCAUCAGCCUGACGGCAGCAAAGAGCGCUCCCAGCCUCAUGACCAAAGCUGGAAGGAACCGAACCCUAAUGACUGGGGUCCAGGUGGAGACCGAGACCAAACAUGGUUAUCAGGCAGGAACAGGACUCUUUCAGGACAGGAGCAGACCCGGAUGACAGGCCGGGGCCGAGGUCCAGAGCAGAGCUGGGGUGCUGCCAGAGAUCGAGGCCAUGAUCAGGCCUCGCAGGAACCAGGAAGGAACCAGGGAAGAGAAGACCAGGGCUCGUCAGUGCAAGAGCAGGCGUGGGAAUCUGGAGGAAACCAGGAGCCAGUGUGGAGCCAAGACAUGUGGAGACCUGACACAGCAGAUGUUGGCAAAGCCUCUCCAGCUCCCCCUACAGGAGAACAGACACCUGCAUUCACCAACCUUUUUCCUAAAAAAGAACCUCCCACGUACCCCCCAGGAAGUCAAGAGGAGCGCUGGCAGCUCCAGAUCGUGGCCAAAGGCAGAGUCGCCUGUCCCAAAUGUAGGAGUGUGAGCAGGAAGACGGUGGAGGGGCUGAAGAAACACAUGGGGAACUGCAGACUGGAACUGUUCACCUGUCAACACUGUGGGAAACAGCUGAAGUCUUCAACAGGGAUGAAGUAUCACGUCAUGGCCGACCACAGCCAUCUGCCUGCAGUUGACAACACCAAGGACCUGGACGACCGCGACGUUAAAGAUAAGCUGCGCACAAUUCUGAAGAGGCUCGGCAAAUUAAAAUGUUCCAAAGAGGGCUGCCACGCUGCCUUCACCAGUAUUAUGGGCUACAUUUACCACACGAGGAAGUGUGGGAAGGAGAAGUCGGAGCUGGAGAAGAUGCUGCUGAACUGUUCUCACUGUGGGAAACCCUACAGAUCCAGAGCUGGCCUGGAGUACCACCUGAAGUCAGAGCACGCUCCUACAGCCCAGGCCACGGACGAAGAUGAGGCCCUGAAGGCCCCGUCGGAAGCCAACACAGAGAGGACGGCCAGCGGCAGGGUUCAGCGAGCCUCCGCACAGGUGGCUAACUUCCACUUAGCAGAAAUUGCCAACAACGAUCUGCCCAAAGACUGGCCAAAGAGGAAGUUUCCGUCUGACCUGGUGCCUGAUGACCAAAAGGUGCAGCCUGCAGUUGACAACACCAAGGACCUGGACGACCGCGACGUUAAAGAUAAGCUGCGCACAAUUCUGAAGAGGCUCGGCAAAUUAAAAUGUUCCAAAGAGGGCUGCCACGCUGCCUUCACCAGUAUUAUGGGCUACAUUUACCACACGAGGAAGUGUGGGAAGGAGAAGUCGGAGCUGGAGAAGAUGCUGCUGAACUGUUCUCACUGUGGGAAACCCUACAGAUCCAGAGCUGGCCUGGAGUACCACCUGAAGUCAGAGCACGCUCCUACAGCCCAGGCCACGGACGAAGACGAGGCCCUGAAGGCCCCGUCGGAAGCCAACACAGAGAGGACGGCCAGCGGCAGGGUUCAGCGAGCCUCCGCACAGGUGGCUAACUUCCACUUAGCAGAAAUUGCCAACAACGAUCUGCCCAAAGACUGGCCAAAGAGGAAGUUUCCGUCUGACCUGGUGCCUGAUGACCAAAAGUUGAAGUAUUCCCGGCCAGGUCUCCCAGCCUUCAGUCAGGAAGUGCUGAGGAAGUGGAAGAAUGAGGUGAAGCUGCAGAGAAAAGUCCAGUGUCCCAACCAGGGUUGUGGCUCCACCUACACCAGUGUGUCUGGACUGAAGGCCCAUCUUGGACUCUGCACACGGGGUGAGUUUGAGGUCGGGAAGUACAGAUGUCUGAUCUGCACCAAAGAGUUCAACUCAGAGAGUGGAGUCAAAUAUCACAUCAACUCCGUCCAUUCACAGGACUGGUUUCUCCCAAACAAAAAGGCUUCCAAAAAGUUUGAGCAGUUCCUCAAAAACCAGUCCAGGGAGAUUGUGCUGAGUGUGGACAAGCAGAUAGUGGACAGGUACAACCAUCACCACCUCCAGCACCACCUCCAGCAUCAUCUCCAUCAGCAGCCUCUGCAGCCACUGCAUCACCUGCACCACCACCUGCAUCCGCAGCAGCAGAACCUUCCAGAACCUUCUGAAGCACCAACGCUCCACUACACCUCCCUGGAGCCUGCUGGAGCCACUCUGUGGGCAGAUGCGCCCAGUUCAGAGCAGGCGCCAAUCGAGAUGGAACUAGACGAAGGGGAGAAGCCUGAGGAGAACAGCGACGGUGGCUGCGGGGUGGUGGAGGACAAACAGGUGGAGCUGGAGGAGGUGAGAGUGAACAGAAGCAGUAACAGUAAUACUGGUACUUCAUCUGGUACAUGGUCCUGUGAGUCAGAGGCGGAGCAGCGGGACGAGCAACGACUGACGGACCAAUGAAAUCUGAAGCAACCUGCCGUCCUGGAGCUCCACCCUGAGGAAGUGAAGCAACACUGCACCACUCAAACAAGGACAGUGGAGUGUCUGUGGGACAGAUACACCAGGCUUGUCACACACACAGCUCAUCAUCA